AUCAAAAUGCAGCAACUUGUUAACAUAGAGUGUAGUAAUACAGCACUGGACCAGCCCCAGCUCCAGCUCCGGCUCCGGCUCCAGCCCCAGCUCUUGCCUUUGAUUUAAGUUAGCAAUCUGCUGGCGAGGCCGUUGCUUAAUGCUGGUGAGCCGAGUUUUUCAGCUCAGGCUCUUUGUUUAUCGCUCGCCGAUCGGAGCCCAAAUUGCAGCAAGGAGAGCGGUUUGGUCGGAAUCUUUCUUCCGUAUUUCCGCACAGCAAAUCUCUGCAAUGGAAACGGGGAAUGAAUCGCAAGCAGAGCCGCAGCUGACAUGUCGAAGCAACUGCAGCGAUGACCAGCUCCAAAAAGCCAAUCUUUCAGAGGCGGCGUCAGACCCGUUGCAAAAUUGUGAAACGUCUCUCAGUAUUCUGAAUGGAGAAACCGUCAUAAAUGAAGGGACGGCGCAAAUCAUUUUUCCCGAUGCCAACGAAGUAUUUUACAAUCCUGUACAGGAGUUCAACCGUGAUCUGACGUGUGCUGUUGUUACGGAGUUUGCUCGUCAGCGGCUCCUGGCCAAGGGGAUUCGAGCGUUGGUCCCCGGAGAGCACGAGAGACAGAAGAUGGUCGUAAGCCUGGCGGAAGGUGAACCAGCCGAGCAAGAAGAUGCGCCAGUGAUUCAGAGAACGACUAGCGCCGGGGAGAAGUGCGAGGAUGGGAUCCGUAUAUUGGAAGGACUAGCGGCAUCUGGGCUCCGAUCGAUUCGCUUUGCCAAGGAAGUCCCCGGAAUCCACAGCAUUGUGGCGAAUGACUUCUCCUCCAAAGCAGUGCAGCUGAUGAAGAGAAACAUUGAGCUCAAUGGAGUGGAGCACAUGGUGACGGCAAGCUUGUCCGAUGCAAGCAUGCUCCUGUAUGAGUCCAAAAGGAAACGGGACCGGUUUGACGUGAUAGACCUGGAUCCUUACGGAAGUCCAUCACAGUUCAUCGAUGCUGCUGUCCAAGCCGUGAGUGAAGGAGGGCUUCUGUGCGUCACGUGUACGGACAUGGCAGUGAUGGCCGGCAACAGUGGAGAGACCUGUUACAGCAAAUAUGGAGCCAUGUCGCUGAAGUCGAAGUUUUGUCAUGAAAUGGCUCUUCGCAUUAUCCUGCACAACCUGGACCUUCGAGCAAACUGCUACCAGCGAUAUAUUGUCCCUGUGCUCUCUGUCAGCGCUGACUUCUACAUCCGAGUGUUUGUCCAGGUCUUCACAGGACAGGCUGUGGUUAAAGCAUCUGCCAGUAAGCAAGCCUUGGUGUACAACUGUGUGGGCUGUGGUUCCUUUCACAUUCAGAGGAUGGGGAAGAUGAUUCACAAUGGCAAAAAUUACAAAUACACGGCAAGCACCGGCCCACCAGUGGGGGAAGAGUGCCAGCACUGUGGCCAGAGGCACCAGCUCGGAGGACCAAUCUGGGCUGAACAGAUCCACGACCAGGAUUUCACCAGGAAAGUCCUGGAAUCCGUGGAACAAACCCCACAGCGGUUCAAGACUUCAGACCGGAUACUGGGAAUGCUGAGCAUGGUGACUGAGGAGUUACCGGAUUGCCCUCUCUACCACACGAUGGACCACCUCAGCAGUGUCAUUCACAGCAGCACCCCCUCUCUCCUGCAGAUGAGGUCGGCGUUGCUUCACGCUGGCUAUCGUGUGUCGCUCUCCCACGCAUGUAAAAACGCGGUCAAAACCGAUGCACCGCAUUCGGUGAUGUGGGAUAUCAUGAGGAGCUGGGCAAAGAUCCACCCAGUGAAGAGAGAGAAACUGUCCGAGAGCAGCCCUGCCUUCCGCAUCCUCAGCAAGGAGCCGGUUCUCCAGGCUUGCUUCGACAUCCGGGAGGACGCCAAUCCUAAAUCCAGGAAGCAAGGGCUGAAGCGGUUCCAGGAAAACCCGGAGGCCAAUUGGGGGCCCAAGGCGCGGGCCAAGGCCAGCGGAGGAAUCCAUCCUUGUCUGGAAGAGAAAAGGAAGCGGCUGCAGAACAAACGGAAGCAACGCAAUGAAGAUGCGGAACAUAGAAAGCAAAUCCUCUGCAAAAAGCCCAGAGAGGGUAAAUGCACAUAGGGAGAGUACUGCAUCUUCUAGGAUUACAGGAGGGCGAGGCGGUGGGGAAGAGGCCUCUCGAGAGCUCUCUGGAACAUGCAUCCUCAGACCACCAGCUGUAAAUUGAGUCCAUACCCUCGCUGUAAGUGUGCAGAAUCUGUAAAUGGAAUGUAAAGUUCACAACUCGACCCGGCCUGCAGUCUUUCAAUUUUAUUUUUAAUUAAACUGCACUUUUUCAAUAAAUAAA